AACGGUCGGAUAACAAGGGGGGAUACGAGCAAAACUACUCAGAGAGUAAACACGAGAUAAUGUCGAUGUUUAGCGAACGGUUAGUUUGAGUAAAAGGACCCAUACCGACAGCCAAGAGAAGCGUUUCUGUUUCUCAACUGGAGAUCCACGGAAGCGAGGAUAACAUAUGGAUACAGCCGAUGUCUACAGGAAUGGGCUGUUGAUGUAUGAUGGCAGGUCGGACAUGCACGUUGUGCCGACUGAAACAGGUUGGUUUCGCCUCGAUCAAACUUCAGCGAAAUAAGACGUGGGACGCAUUUAGGUGCUGAAGAUGAACUGAAUCACUGUCGCGUACAGCGGCGCACCUGGAGAUGACAGCAGGUUUAUUAUGGGAAACUGCGCUCUAUCAUUCACUGGACUUUUUACUGGAUUUCGAGGGUUAUCCUAAUCGUCGCAUCUGGGUGAAGGUCAUCCCCUAAUACUGAUCCGGAUAUCCUUCAGAUCUGAGCUUUGUGACACCACAGAUGGACGGCCUGUGUAAUGGAGCCAAGAAACCUGAGGGCAGUGAUCCCGUUGUACACCCCCGGCCCCCUCCUGCCAAGCUGGCACGACUGGAGCAAAACGGAGCGGGACCCUCGGCCCAGGAGAGGAGCAGGCAGGGGAGCCCUGUGGCCAAAACCCCUUGCCUGGCCCAAAAACCCACCACAGUGAGGCCACAGAGCAAGAGCUGGCAAAGCAGAGGGAGCCUGCUGCCGGUGUUCUGUGUGGUGGAGCACAGGGAGAGCCCUCUGGAAAGAGAGAGAAGAGAAGAACAUGCUGAGUUUGUGUUAGUCAAGAGAGAUCUGCUGUUUAACCAGCUGAUAGAGAUGGCUUUGCUGACACUGGGCUACUCUCACAGCUCUGCUGCACAGGCUAAAGGUCUGAUCCAGGUGGGCAAGUGGAACCCGGUGCCUCUGUCCUGUGUAACAGAUGCUCCGGAUGCCACAGUGGCUGACAUGCUGCAGGACGUUCAUCAUGUCAUUACCCUUAAAAUACAGCUGCUCAGCUGUCCCAAAUUGGAGGACUUGCCAGCCGAGCAGUGGAGUCACUCAACUGUGAGAAACGCUCUGAAGGAGCUCCUCAAGGACAUGAACCAGAGCACCCUGGCCAAGGAGUGCCCACUGUCCCAGAGUAUGAUAUCAUCUAUUGUAAAUAGCACUUACUAUGCAAAUGUCUCAGCUGCCAAGUGUCAUGAGUUUGGUCGAUGGUACAAGCACUUCAGGAAGACCAAAUGCUUCAAGGAGAUUGACAGCUUCUCUGACCAGUCCACACAUAUCUCACUCACCCAGCAGCCAAUCACAGGUAGCCCAACUGAUCAGAGUUCCACCCUUCUUUUCUCUCGUGGAGAAGUAGCCAACAUAUGUGGCCAUUCUCCUCUUGGCCUGCGCCCUCACGGGUUGGUAACCCAACCUCUCAGCUCCCAAAUGGUCAACCAGCAGCUGGUGAUGGCCCAGUUUCUCAACCAGCAGUAUGCUGUUAGCCGUAUGCUAGCUGGCCAGGGUCUCUCACCGUCCCCACAGCAGUAUCUCAACCAUCCGCCUGUAGGGAGGGCACCUGGAAAGGUCUUCUCAAAAGCCCCUGAUUCACAAGCCCCGCAGCAGGCACACUGUGGCCCAGGCGGAAGUCCUGUAGCCGGGCCACAAAACCAGAUAUCCGCUGGGUCUUCUGUUGGGCCCACAGAUGUGCCAAGUGACAUCUACCAUGGUGUGAGGGAGGAACUGAAGAGAGCAGGCAUCUCCCAAGCCGUCUUUGCCCGGGUGGCCUUUAACAGAACCCAGGGUCUGCUUUCAGAGAUUCUGCGGAAGGAGGAGGACCCUAAACACGCCUCCCAGUCUCUACUGGUAAACCUGCGGGCCAUGUACAGCUUCCUGCAGCUCCCCGAAGCUGAGAGGGAGCGUAUCUACCAGGAGGAGAAAGACAGAAGCCUGACAGGAUUCACCCCCAGCUGCAAUAACACACCGCCAAGACCCACGCAGGCAAGGUUGUCCCCAGUUAUAGGAGACAGAGGGUUGAGGACAGACAGUUGUGUUCUCAAUGUCAGCGCUUCUAUCUACGAGGAGAUUCAGCACGAGAUGAAGAGAGCCAAGGUGUCUCAGGCUCUUUUUGCAAAGGUGGCCGCCUCCAAGAGUCAGGGCUGGCUGUGUGAGCUGCUGCGUUGGAAGGAGGAUCCCAACCCAGAGAACCGGACCCUGUGGGAGAACUUGUGCAUGAUCCGCCGGUUCCUCAGCCUGUCCCAGACUGAACGAGACGCUAUCUACGAACAGGAAAGCAACAACACAACGGCACAGCAGCACUGCACUGACAGGCUUAUGCUGCUCAGCAAUGACAAUGCACUGUACCAACGAAACUCUCCACUGCCACAGCAACACCAUCUUCAACCCCAUCAACCCCUCCAGCCCGAGGCAGGACCUCACCUGUCUCCACGGCAACCAUGUGCCGCAUCACCAGCCGAGUCCGAGGCUGGGGGUAACUGGGGGCACUUGAGAGUACGUUUGCAGGGCAGGUGCAGUAGUAAUGGUGAGAGGGGGGACAGUAAGGACUGGGUUGAGGGGGGACGAAGAGAGAGGAGCAGUCUGGCAGGGGACUGGGGUGGUACUGGUAAGGUGAGGGACAAGGGCGCAGAAAGCAAGGGGCAAGUGAUGGAUGGAAAUGUGGGUGAGGAAGGAAGUAAUGAGAUCACUGGAGACAGCAAAGAGGGCAGGGUUAAGGAGAAGCUCACUAUGAAGUGGCCCAGUGAUCAGGACCAAGGUACUGCUGGGGUUUGUUCAGAGACAGAUAAUGAGGUCCAAGGUGGAGAUGAGGUCCAAGGUGGGGGGUUAAGAGUGUCCCAUGAAGCCCUGGGAAUCCUGCAGAGCUUCAUCCAGGACGUGGGCCUCAACCCAGAUGAGGAAGCGGUCCACACCCUGUCGGCUCAGCUGGGCCUUCCCAAACACACCAUCCGAAGAUUCUUCAACAGCCAGGACCACAACAAGCAUCAGCACAGCAGCCAGAGUCCAAAACCCAGUCGAGACAGCCAGUACAGCUGUGCAGAACCAAACCUCUCCCAGACAGACGUAACUGCAGAGGAGCAGGAGGAAGGAGGUGAUGGGGAGACUGAAACAAAACAAACGGAGGUAGAGAAGCAAACAGGGAGAAAUGAUGUGAGCAAGAUAAAUGUUUUGAAAGAAUCAGAUGUUGGCACUCAAACCUUUCCCCCUAUGAAGGAGGAGCAGGAGAGCCACAUCUAACCCACAUACAUGCAGUAUGAUCCCCGUGAGCCACCGAGGUGUUUCACGUCUUUGGUCCACAUGCAACUCAGCCGCUGUUACUGGAGGAGUACUGACUCACAGUGUUUUCGUAUUGGACUGUUAUAUAGGUGUGUGUCCUUAAAUAGUGUGGACAAAAAGCUGACUUACUGCAUAUGUUUAUAUCACAGCUUAGAAGGAUGCUGGUGUUUAUUCCCGGACAGUGCACCUACAUUAUACUUAAAGCUGUCCUGUGAUUUGAGAAUCCCUACUGCACUUGAGACAGAAAAUAACUGUGACUACAUGUGCAGAUAGUGUUAUAACACAUUGUUUCUGUGUAGAUAUAUGUGUCUGGAGGAAUUGGACCCCAAUACAAAGAGAUUACAUAUCACUGUCUAAAAAAAAGAGUAAUUGUAGUUGGUUGACUGAUCUAAAGUUCAAGAAAUGUCCAUGCCAGAAAUGCCUUGCAGAAAGUGGCACUGCCAGUCUGUUUUUUUUUUUUAUCAAUAUCUCCAUUAUUUUUGUCUUCACUAUGAGUGCUUUGUGUUUUUGAUCAGUCGUUUAAAAGUUCAACUGUUUCCUUCAGGAAUCUCACUGUUUUAUCUUACAUUGUUCUUGUUGAAGUUUG